UCCAGCUGUGUUGAGAUUAUAGCAGAGACCUCGCUACGAUAUUUUUACACUUACGUCGUCUAAUGCUCGCUAGAGGCAUGGCGUGUGGCAGGCUCAUGUCCGCUCCGGUGUGUCUCAUUGAAAAUGAUGAAAAUGGGCAGCUGCAUGUGAGAAAAGAGGCCAAAGACAUUCUGGAUGGGAUCAAGGAGCCGGUGGUGGUGGUCUCUGUGGUGGGACUCUACCGUACGGGGAAAUCUUACCUCAUGAACCGCCUGGCAGGACAACAGUCCGGGUUUGCUCUCGGCAGCACUAUUGAAUCAAAGACUAAAGGCAUCUGGAUGUGGUGUGUCCCUCACCCUUAUAAAGAAGGACACACUCUGGUUCUGCUGGACACAGAGGGACUUGGUGACGUAAGGAAGGGGGAUGAGAAACAUGACACAUGGAUCUUCUGUCUGGCUGUUCUUCUCAGCAGCACUCUAGUUUACAACAGCUUAGGAGUCAUUGAUAACAUGGCACUGGAAAAGCUGCACUAUGUUACUGAGCUGACGGAGAACAUUCGUGUGAAGGCAGAAGAGAGUCAAGACGAGGACAAGACAGCUGAUUUCAUGCGUGUUUUUCCUUCAUUUGUCUGGGCUGUUCGUGACUUCACUCUGGAACUGAUAAUAGGAAACGAGCCGAUAACAUCUGAUGAGUAUCUGGAGAGUGCACUGAAACUCAAACCAGGUUGUUCACCUCAGACUGAGCAGUAUAACCUGCCCCGUCGCUGUCUGCGGCAUUUCUUUGCGGUGAGGAAGUGCUUCGUCUUCCCACGGCCUGCUAGCACGCAAAACAUGAGGAGAAUGGAGCAGCUGACUGAGGAAGAACUGGAUUCCGAGUUUCUUGACCAGGCAAACACGUUCUGCCAUUACAUUUUUGACAGCGCAGAUCCAAAAACCGUCAGUGGAGGCCGUAUAAUUACUGGAACAGCUCUGGGUAAUCUUGCUGAGGUUUAUGUUGAGGCGAUUCGCAGCGGGAAGGUUCCUUGUUUGGAGAAUGCAGUGGUGUCUCUGGCUAAGAUCCAGAAUGUCAGUGCAGUGGAGGAGGCCCUGCAGCUCUACAUGACAGAGAUGUUCAGCAUGACUCAGCUUCCAAUGCACCCAGAAGAGCUGUCUGACAUCCACAAAAAUGCAGAGAAGAAAGCAGUUGAUUUUUUCAUCUCCAUGUCCUUCAAUGACAAUGACCAGCUCUACCAACAAGAGCUCAUGGGGAAAAUUUGUGAUGAAUAUCAGCAGAUGUGCCAGCAGAAUCAGGAAGAAUCUAUUCAGCAGUGUAAAGCUAUUCUGCAUGAGGUGUUUGAGCCACUGGAAAAAGGUGUUUUUGAUGGAUCAUACAUGAGAUCUGGAGGAUACCAAGAGUACAAAGACAUGCUCAGACAUCUGACCAGUGACUACAGAACAAGAACACGCUCCCAAAUAAUGAGUGAAGAAGUGUUGAGCAAGUUUUUGAAAGAAAAGGAAAAUAUUGGAAAUAUGAUUCUACAAGCUGACCAAUCUCUCAGUGAAGCAGAACAGGAGAAAGAAGUGCAGAGGUUGAAGAAUGAGAUUCUAGAGCAGCGGCAAAGAGGUGUAGAAGAACAGAUCCGGUUACAGGAGCGGGCAUUUAAAGACAUGCAGAGAACCCAUAAGGAACAUGUGGAUCAGAUCAUUUGUCAGAUGGAAAGAGAGCAGGAGAGAAUGAGGAAAGACAAUAAACGAGUCCUUGAAGCCAAACUAAGAGAGAAGGAUGCUCUUCUUCAGAUGGGAUUACAGGAGCAAGCCUCCAAGAUGCAGAGGCAGAUUGACAGCUUAAGAGCAGAAAUGAAUAAAGAGAAGUCAGAACCAUCCAGAAUCAGCCGGAUUAUAGAUGGUGUCAGUGCCACAGCAGAAUUGAUCUUGCCGGGCUUUGUUAGCCGUGGUCUGUCUGCAGUCUCAAAAUGGUUCAAAUAAGAG